CACGCGGACACUCAGAGACGCAGAGGAGACUGAGCGAGUGCUCUGCAUUCGUGUAAUCAAAGCGAUCAAAUUUCACGAGUCCGAAAAGGAAAGCUUCGAGCUUUCACAGCGAUGAUCUCUCAGUUCUUCGUUCUCUCGCAGAGGGGCGACAACAUCGUCUUCCGCGACUAUCGCGGCGAAGUGCCGAAGGGAAGCGCCGAGAUUUUCUUCCGGAAAGUGAAAUUCUGGAAGGACGACGGCGACGGCGACGCGCCACCUGUCUUUAAUGUGGACGGUGUAAAUUACUUUCAUGUGAAAGAUGCUGGGUUGUUAUUUGUUGCGACGACGAGAGUGAAUCUGUCGCCUUCUCUUGUUUUGGAACUUUUGAGAAGGAUUUCUAGAGUCGUUAAAGAUUACCUCGGGGUCCUCAGUGAAGAAUCGCUGCGAAAAAAUUUCGUGCUUGUGUACGAGUUGCUGGACCAAAUCAUUGAUUUUGGUUAUGUGCAAACUACUUCGACUGAGCUUUUGAAGUCAUAUGUGUUCAAUGAGCCGGUUGUGGUUGAUCCUGCGCAGUUUCUGCCUCUGGGUUCUGCUGGAAUUUUUACGGCUAAAAGAAUGCCAGUAACUACAAUCGCAAAAUCUGUUGUUGCAAAUGAGCGUGGAGGUAGAAAGAGAGAGGAAAUUUUUGUGGACAUAAUUGAAAAAAUGAGUGUUACAUUCAAUUCCAGUGGAUAUAUACUUACUUCUGAGAUUGAUGGUACCAUCCAAUUGAAGAGUUAUCUCACAGGCAAUCCAGAAAUUCGACUGGCUCUUAAUGAGGAAGUGAGUAUUGGAAGAGGUGGAGGGUCAGCCUAUGAUUAUGGUUUAGGAACAGGGGCUGUUAUACUGGACGAUUGUAAUUUCCAUGAAUCUGUACAUCUCGAUAGUUUCGAUGUUGACCGAACACUUUCAUUGGUACCAACAGAUGGUGAGUUUCCAGUCAUGAAUUACCGCAUCACUCAGGAGUUCAAGCCUCCCUUUCGUAUUAAUUCGUUAAUUGAAGAAGCAGGACCGCUUAAGGCUGGAGUGAUUAUUAAAGUGCGUGCUGAUUUCCCUUCAAGCAUUAUUGCAGAUAAAAUCCUUGUGCAGAUUCCACUGCCACCAUAUACAACUAGGGUUAGUUUUGAGUUGGGACCUGGAGCAGUUGGAAACACAACUGAUUUUAAGGAAGCAAACAAAAGAGUUGAAUGGGGUUUAAAGAAGAUUGUUGGUGGAUCUGAACAUACAUUACACGCAAAGCUGACAUUUUCACAAGAAUCACAUGGAAAUAUUACCAAAGAAGCUGGACCUGUUAGCAUGACCUUCACAAUACCCAUGUUCAAUUCUUCAAGGCUUCAGGUAAAAUACUUGCAUAUAACAAAGAAGUCGAAGAGCUACAACCCAUAUCGAUGGGUGAGAUAUGUUACACACUCAAAUUCCUAUGUCGCCCGGUUGUAAUGUCUCAUCGACCUAGUAUGUUGUUCUGGUUUUCCUUCUCUGUCACGGUGCUUUUGCUUACUUGUACCAAGUCAGAUUUUAUUUUGUUCUGUGUACUAUCAUGAUUGACUCAAUAAAGCACACUAUCUGAAAUUUGGUAGAA